CGGCAGGUUGUAUCCGGUGGUACCCUCUGGUGUCGAGUCCGCAGCUGCCGCGGCCCCGGUCAACGCUGUGAUUGAUUUAUUUGAUUGCACACCUGCAGAUAUACGGUGCGCGUCGUGACACGGCCCAGGUUCGGGCAGUUCGCUCCGUGACCGUUUGUAGGGGGUUUGCCGGGAGUUCACCCACCGAACACGCAGUCACGGCUUCACAGUCAAUCCCGUGAAAGGGCCUUUCGGUGACGCCGCCCCCGCGGCCGAGGGCGCUCUUCCCAACACUCAUCAAAGUAUGGACGGUGGGAAUGGAGAUAACCUUGUUAUUAAGAGACGCUUUGUAACUGAGGCCGAGUUAGAUGAAAAACGCAAACAAAGACAGGAAGAGUGGGAAAAGGUUCGGAAACCCGAUGACCCAGAAGAAUGCCCUGAGGAGGCCUAUGAUCCUCGGUCACUAUAUGAAAAGCUUCAAGAACAGAAAGAAAAGAAACAAUUUGAAUAUGAAGAGCAGUUUAAAUUCAAAAACAUGGUGAGGGGCCUAGACGAGGAAGAAACAAGCUACCUCGAUGAAGUUUCUAGGCAACAGAUGCUUGUAGAGAAACAGCGCAGAGACGAAGAUGCCAAGGAACUUAAUGAGUAUAGAAGUGCCCUUAAAAAACUCACAGCAAGUACCGACGGCAAGAAGGAAACAGAGAAGAAAGCAGCCACUAAACCGGCAGAAACCAAGAGCAAGUUCUCUCAAGCCAAGCUGUUAGCUGGAGCCGUGAAACGUAAAAGCACCGAGACUUCUGAAAUUGUCAAGAAGCAAAAGUUGGACAACAAUGAGGGAGGUGACUGUCAAGAAGAUGUCUCCUGCGAUCAAGCACCGUCCGACUCCACGAUGGGUGUAGCAAUGCAGCAUCCUCCAGCGUCUGUUUGUGUGGGAAUACUACCAGGCCUCGGGGCCUACUCAGGCAGCAGUGACUCAGACGCAGAAUCCAGCUCAGACAGUGACAAUAUCAUCACCACUGGAGGAAGGAUCGUCACUUCAGUCUUUCGAGCCCACACUUUCACCGAAAAUCCAUGAAGCUGGAAUAUUGUGACGGGCAGGAUUUCUAUUUUGUAUUGAAGCGUUUUUGUAAUACAAAAAAAAGAGUCCUGUGUAAACAGCAAAAGGAAUCCAUUUGGAUUGCUUAACCUCUCGGCAGUUCUAUGUGAAUGUGGAUUUCACCCCCCCCCCUCCCGUUCAGAAUCUCUCUGAUUAGACCGUGUGUGUGUGGCAGGCCGCUGCAGAUGUCACCAUGCAGAAGGGUGACAUGGACUUAUUCCCCCAGGGCUUGAUUUACGUUUGUUGUUGAACCACUCUCAAUAUUUUGUGUAAAUAUUUUUUUUAAAACAUGCUCUCAGAUGCACAAAUAGCCACCAUAUGUACGUUAACUUGAAUAUUGGCCAUUAAAAGUCUCAGCUGUGAUGCACUAAGAUAUCUAUAUAUUGCUAAGGGCUGCGGGCAAUCUAAGAAAUGAAUUAAAUUCUGAAUAACUCAA